AGCAAGCGGUUACAAGGCUACAAGUGAGAGCAGACUGCAGAGGAAGCGACGCAUAGACGAGAAGGAGAAAGAAGGAAAGAAGUACAAUAAGGGGGAAAAAAAAAACGGAGAGCGAGAGAGAUGAGCUCAAGCUUAGUGACACUGAUUCUGGGAGGAUUGUCGCUGUUGGUGUACUAUGCUGCGAACGCGUUGUUCCUGAAGCCAAGAUCGAAGAGAGAAAGGCUUCGUAAGCAAGGGAUCGAUGGACCUCUUCCUCACAUUUUCUUCGGAAAUAUUCCAGAAAUCAAGUCGCUUCGAAUUCAGGAGGUUCAGUCUCGUUCUCUAAACGAAGUAGCUUCCGCAAUUUCUCAUCGCUGGCCCUUCACCAUUUUCCCUCACUUGCAGAAAUGGAGGAAACAAUACGGGCCAAUAUGUUUGUAUUAUGGUGGGAAUAUACCGUUCUUGAUGGUCCAAGAUACAGAGAUGGUGAAGGAAGUGAGCUCGUACACAUCUUUGAAUCUCGGAAAGCCUUCUUAUCUAUCCAAUGAUCUUGGGCCACUGUUCGGCCAAGGCAUAGUGUCAUCAAGUGGGCCUCUUUGGGCUCACCAAAGGAAAAUAAUUGCUCCUCAGCUAUACCUUGAUAAGGUUAAGGGGAUGAUAGACUUGAUGGUGGAAUCCACAAAUAUAAUGUUGAAGAAUUGGGAGGCAAGAAUUGAAAGUAAGGGAGGAGUGGUUGCAGAGAUGAAGAUAGAUGAAGAUUUGAGAAGCUUGUCGGCUGAUAUAAUUGCAAGAGCCUGUUUUGGAAGCAACUAUGAAAAAGGACAACAAAUAUUCACAAAGCUUAGAAUCAUUCAAAAGCUCUUGUCCAAGUCACCUGUUGGGCUUCCAGGACAACGGUACUUGCCAACAAGAAGCAACAGGGAGAUAUGGAGAUUAGAGAAAGAGAUAAACUCAAUGAUUACAAAACUUGUAAACCAACGCCUUAGGGAAGGUGAUGAGCAGGAUCUUAUGCAAAUGAUUGGAUGCUUGAAAAUAUUAUUGCCUUACCUGCAGAUCACUAUGGUGAUCCAAGAGACACUCAGACUUUACCCGCCAGCAACAUUCGUUGUGAGAUCAGUCUUACAGGACAUUAAAUUGAAAGGAAUUCUAAUUCCAAAAGGAAUCAACAUUCAGAUUCCAGUCCCAUUAUUACAGCAAGACCCUGAACUGUGGGGAGCUGAUGCCCACAUGUUCAACCCUCAGAGAUUUGCAAAUGGCAUCAGUGAAGCUUGCAAGACUCCGCAGGCUUAUCUGCCGUUCGGGAUCGGAGCUCGCAUCUGUGCUGGCCAGCAUUUGGCGAUGAUAGAACUGAAGGUGAUCUUGUCUCUGAUUUUGCUCAGGUUUCGGUUCUCUCUCUCGCCUUGUUAUCGUCAUUCCCCUGCUUUUAGGCUGGUAAUAGAGCCUGAGGAAGGAGUUGUUCUUAGGGUAAGCAGAAUUUGAUGUUGCAUAGAAUUUUGGAUGUUUAAAUUUUGAUGUGUUUAGUUCAAAAGCGAACAAUAUUCAGUCCGUUUGGCAUAGCGUCUUGGAGGAGAGAAAGUAACUUAUAAGUAUGAUAAGAUGGUUUGCAAAUUUAGAAGCCGUUUAUUA